CAGUCGGAGGUGUGAUUCUGCCUCACAGGAUGCCACGCUGUCAGUCGAUAAACGGCCCGGCAGCAUGGAGGUCACGACGCUGUGCACCAUCAUAGCGGCUCUGAGAGUCGUUCCCAACAGAUCCCAGUUCUUCCAGUACGAGUCGGUCUCUCUGAGCUGUGAGUCUCAGAGAAACUCCUCUGACUGGACAAUCAAGAGGACCACAUCUCAAAAAACAGAAGAAUGCUUCAUAUCCUGGAAUAAUAUCAACGGAUCCCUCUGCUUCAUCGAUGACAUUUACACAUUUAACUCUGGAGUGUACUGGUGUGAGUCUGCAGCAGGAGGGUGCAGCAACGUGAUCAACGUCACUGUGACCGCUGGUCCAGUGAUCCUGGACAGUCCUUUCCUUCCUGUGACGGAGGGGGACGCCGUCACUCUGAGCUGCAGAACCAAGAAGACGUCCUCUAAUCUCGCCGCUGUCUUCUAUAAAGACGGCGUCCUCAUCGGGAGCAGCUCUACAGGAAACAUGACCCUCCGCAGAGUUUCGAAAUCUGAUGAAGGACUCUACAAGUGCAGCGUCUCCGGAACAGACUCUCCGGACAGCUGGCUGACUGUCUCCGCAGGUCGUCCUGACUCGCCGCCUGCUGACUCGCCGCCUGACUCCCCCAUCACACGCAUUCUACUUCCUGUGGUGGGCGGCUGCCUCUCGCUGGUCUCGCUGGUCUGUGUGAUGCUGCUCUGCCUCUGGAGGAGCCACAAAGGUGAAAUCAACCCUUCAGUUGUGUUGUACACUAAUGUGUCCGGCACGCUGAAGCUCAGCCAAAAAGGUGAUCCACUGAGGAGGCGCUCCUGUGCGCUGUCGUCUGUGGCUGAAUACAAACCUCACACUGUAAAAUGUAAAUCUGCUCUGAGCCCCGUGUGGACUUACAAAGCCUGAGACUGACUUCAUUUUUUAACAUUAGUCCAGCUCUGCUAAUUACGAUUGGUGUGGAGACCAUAACUGACUGACUGUAAUUUUGACUGUUGAUGCUAAAAUUGUGGCACAAAAAAAACAUAAGACCGCAGGCAGAGACCUUUUAGAAAUAAAAAUAAAAAA